AUGAAACAACACGUAGAAGACGCGAUUUCUAAUAUACAGGUGGAUAAGCAUAGUGAAGAGCUUUCAUUGCAGGGUGACCGAUUAUGGACUUUUGCGCUUAUACUAAUAUUAGAAUAUAUUGGUGGUAUUCGACUGGUAUGUUUUAAUCAGUUACUCGAAGAAAUAAUUAUUAUGGCAUUUAGUUCAGUAAUUGGAAGUUGGAUGGAUCAUAAUACUAGAAAACGCGGUAUACUGAUAGUAUUGAUUAUAAAUAACGCUAAUGUAGCGAUAUCAGCAGCAUUGCUUGCUGCAUGUAUUACAAUUGGCGGGAUAAGUGAUAAUCGUGGUUCAUACUCUUUGUUGUGGCAUAUUUUCUAUAUUAUUUGUAUUGUUUUAUCGAUAAUUACUUGUUCGGUUGGUUGUUUAGCAAGUGAAAUGGAAAAAAUGGCUUUUACCAAGGAUUGGAUUGUUGUAAUAAUUAAAAAAGAUAAUUCAUCAUUAUCUGCUGCAAACGCAUGGAUGAAAACAAUCGAUUUGUCAUCAUCGGUAGUUUCACCCUUUGCAGCUGGCUAUAUUAUCAAUUCGAUCAGUUACCGUUUUGCAUGUCUGAUAUUUGUUGUGUGGAAUUUAGUAUCAGUAUUUAUGGAGGCAUAUAUUAUCAUUAAAGUAUAUAAAGCUGUUCCAGAACUUGCUACAAGAGAAUCAUCAUUCUCAUCUGAUGAACAAACAAAAGUUGAAUGUUGUAAAAAAUGUCCUCAUUUCAUACAACGUUCAAUUUGCAAAUGGUUUACAUUAUUUUAUAUUUACUAUCAACAAAAUGUUUUUCCAGCAGCAUUUGGUCUAACAUUACUAUAUAUGACUAUCCUUGGAUUUGAUGGAAUAUCUAUCGGUUAUGCGAAAUCACAAGGCUUAUCAGCAUUAUCGCUGGGCAUAUUAAGAAGUAUUGGUGCUGCUUUUGGUAUUGUUGGUGCAUUGUUGUAUUUUCUUAUCGAAACUCAUUCUUCGGCAAAGAAAUCUGGAUUCAUUGGUUUGACUGCACAACAUUUGGCCUUAUAUAUUUGUAUUGCAUCUAUUUGGCUACCUGGCUCACCAUUUGAUCCAAUAACAUAUUCUAAAGAAAUAACUUUUGCUACUUGGUGGCAAAAAUUACAAGAUAGUUUCACAUUUGUCCGUAAUAAAAAUCAAAGUGAGACGGGAUCAAAUGAUAUUGAUUGGUCAACAUGGACAUCAAAUGGACAUUCCAUCAUUAGUGUCUUCACACUGCUAAUAGGUAUAGCGGUAGCAAGAUUAGGCUUGUAUAUGGCAGACUUGUCAAUUUCACAAAUUAUGCAAGAAACAAUACCGGAAAAAGAACGAAAUACUGUUUUCGGUGUACAAGAUUCGAUAGCACAAAUGUUUAGUGUACUAAAGGAUGUUCUGACCAUAAUAUUGCCGGAUCCAAAGACAUUUGGCAUACUUAUCAUCAUAUCCACAUUAUUUGUAUUCAGUGGAUUCUUGUGCUUUUGCUACUACCUAUUUGCUGUUACUGAGAGUAAAAAAGAAAAAGUCAAACUAGACGACGCUGAUACAGAUGGUAGCCAUAUUAAAAAGUCUAAAACUACAUCGAUAAAAACGAACGGGACCACCCAAGAAAAUACCCAUGGUUUUUCAUAUAUGACAACAACAUCUGACACGAACAGGAAAAAUUCUCCAACUGCUCGCAGCUAG